AUGCAAAAUCGCACUGUAAACCAAGACCAAACAGAGAUGAAAAGAAAAAAAAAAAAAAUUCAGCAGAUGAGAUACAGUAUAUGCAACUUUGUUUUCACUACUUUUAACCAUUAUCUAGUAGUAUUCAUACCGUAUAAUAUGUCCUUUUUUGAAUAUAAAGAUACUAUCGAAGAAGGGGAUUUAGUCCUUGCCUAUGUCACCAGAGCUUUAAUUAAGCCUAUAUUUGUCAAGAAGGGAGAGAUCUUCAAUACAAGAUACGGUCAUUUCGAACAUGAUAAAAUGAUUGGAUUGAAAUAUGGUGAACAAAUGCCAGGAGCCAAAGGCUAUGGUUUUAUUCAUUUGUUGUAUCCAACACCAGAAUUAUGGACAUUGUCUUUACCACAUAGAACACAAAUUGUUUAUACACCAGACUCAUCUUAUAUUAUCCAAAGAUUGAAUGUUGCACCAGGAUCAAGAAUUAUUGAAGCAGGAACUGGAUCAGCUUCAUUCACUCAUUCAUUUGCAAGAACUGUUACUUCACUGGGGAAAGUCUUUACAUAUGAAUUUCAUGAACCUAGAUAUUUGGAAGCAAAGAAAGAAUUGGAAGAACACAAUUUAACAAACACAACCAUUACUCAUCGUGAUGUCUGUCAUGGGGGAUUUAACAUCGAAAAUGAAACCAUCAAUGGUGACGUUGUCUUUUUAGAUUUACCAUCUCCAUGGGACGCUAUACCACAUCUUGAAUCUGUUAUCUCAACCACAAAGAGAGUCGGUAUUUGUUGUUUCUCUCCAUGUAUCGAACAAGUAGAUAGAACAGUGAAAAAGUUAGAAGAGCUUGGGUGGACAAAUAUUGAAAUGGUUGAAGUUUCAUCAAGACGUUGGGGAGUAAGAAAAGAAAUGGUUAGAACUGUGGAAGAUGCUGUCAUGAGAAUAAGAGAUAUCCAAGGAGUAAGAAAAACAGGUAUAGAGAUUAUGAAAAGAGGAUCAUCUGAAGAACCACCUGCUAAGAUCCAGAAAACAGGAAAAGGUUAUAAAACUCCAAAGAAGAGCUCAAAGGUUAAGGAAGGAGAUGAAAACUACGAAUGGCUUAACGUUACCAAAUCAGAAUCAGAAAUCAAAAGUCACACAUCAUACUUGACAUUUGCAUACAAAGUACCGAAGAAGGAGGAAACUGAAUAA